GCGACACUAUGCGGCUAGUGGCGGAUCUACUUUGCAGGAUUGGCACGGAAACGUGUAGGGACAACAACUACAGGUUCCACCAUUUCAUGAUCAGGACCAUCGCGUCAUUUACGACCUACGGUAUCCCCAACGCUGAGCUGUUCCAAUUCCCUCCCCGUUCGUUGUGGCAGCAGCCACAUCAACGUACGCGAUGUCCGCUACCGACGAUAUGGCGACCUCCGACCGAGAGUCUCCCGUCGCUGCGUCCACUUUCUCUAUGGACGGUGCGAAGGGCCUUGGGAGCGUUUUCAGCUACGCGACGAGCAAAUGGGCUCUGUGCUGCGUUGCGAUGGCUAUUCUACUAAAUCGGACAUAUAUAUUUGCAGCCACUCGACGACGAGUUACCAUUUCUUGGCCAAUUCGGACUGCCUUGCGCCUGGUACCCAUUGUCCUGCUGCUUAUCCAGGCUCGGCGUCUAUUACAGUCAAUCCAGUGCCAAACAUCACCCGAAUUUGCUGAAAUGCGCUGGGGCAAUACGACCAAGAAUUUCGACGUCAUGUUCAUUGAGACUGAUAGCUUGCUACACACUCUAAGCACGGGUCUUCUCUUUGGAUCAACAGACCAAGAUUCCUGUGUUGCUAUGCGCAUGGUGCCCAACCAUAACUCAGAGGAUCAGAUAGAACUCAGAGGUUCUCUGUCCAUUCUCUGGCCUUUAUUCGGCACCUUCUGCUUGAGUCAGUUCCUUGAGACGUUACUUUGCGCUGUUCAGGGACGCCCAGCCGCCGCCGAGACAGGCAUGACCUUAUUCGAACACUCACUUGCCUUCGCCGAAGCAGAUGCCGCGAUAAGCAGUCAACUAAGCUGGACUUCACUUAGCCAAGCGGUGGCCAAACAUCCUCCGGCAGAUUUGGCGAAUACUGUUGCUCUCAGUCGCUCCAUGAUUCUGAACAAGGUGAACACACCACCAGAAGUCCUAUUAGUGGCCUUUUUUUCAGUCAUGAGCCACCUCACUAGUCAUGCCCUUGGCGUCUUCAACCUGCAAGCCCGAUUUCGGCUACUGAGCACCGGCUUCUGGGGCCUCUGCUUUAUGUCAAGCAUAGCGUGGAGUGCGUAUAACUUUACUUUGGACGACCCGACAACCCAGAGUUUGUUGAGGUACCCUACGGUGUGUAUCAUUGGAUUCGUUCCGCAUAUACUUGUUCUCGGUGGUAUUCUCACCUGCUUUGUUAUAUACUUGGUGGCGCUUCUUUUGUUGGCUUCAGGUCUCGCAACAGGCUGUCCUCAUAGGCUUAACUUUCGUCGGUGUGUUGCAGAGGCCCGCGCUAACAUGCAAGCAAACGUCUCCCUUUCCGAUGUUCGGAUACGUAUGGAGAUGGACUUUUACACUGCUUUACUGCGGACCGGCUUCGCCGCGAUUACCAUGGCAAGCGAAGCCGUAUAUUUGAACGAGGACAGAGAUGUCAAUCUGAAGCGCUCUACCUGGCUAGAGGACCAACGCUUUCGCGAGCUGAAUGACUUAAGUAUGCAGUGGGCUAGAGCCAGUGCACGCGAUCCGCGACUAGACUCCGACGGCACGAUUGGGUUGAUCCCUAUGACGGGCGGUCUUGUCCAAGGGCAAAACGGCUAUCGCCGUGAACGAGCUGCGCAGGAACUCCCCAAGUUUGGCACGAGAGAUAGGAAGUUGAGGGACGGUGUCGGCGCAGCUGAAAGGAGUGGAAGGUGGCUGAUGGCCCUGGACUUCGUCAUCAAUACCCACAGAUUGAUGUUGAGGGUUUGGGUUAUCGGUGUUCUCACACUUUUUUCGAAGCUGGGCAUUCGCGCACCGGGAUGGUUACUUCGAAUCCCCCCCGGCCCAAGAACAACGAACAACCGGAUGAGCAGGCCAACCGAAGAUAGGGAUGCGGCGCUGAACAUUGCUUUGGAAUCAUCCCAAUCUGGAAUCAUAAUUCCCAAAGACGAUACAGUUGACGUCGAAGCGGAGUUUAGACGUCGAUCGAGGACAGGAACGUCAGCCUCAUCUCCAUUAGACGAGAGCGACUUGGAUGCAAAGCUCUAUGGCUGGUGGCUUAGAGGAGGCUGGUGGGGCUUAACAGACACGAGCGGAGAAUACCGCCCAAGCAAUGCGACUGAACAAGAUGACGAUGACGCGAUGAGCAUUGUGUCAUCAAUCACGGGUGACGAAAACGGAGAGCUUUGGGAAUCCGACGUGGACGAAGGUUCAAGGACGCCGACCCAAAGCUCGUUGUAUGCUCCCCGAACUCUGGGCAGCUCUUUCGACAACCCUCUGGAACCGGCUGAUCUUGCACGGCUCCUAGAUCCAAGCAACCCAGAGGAGAAAGAAGAAGCACGUGCGCUUGCUGCACACCUGAGUAGCCCUGGCAUUAUAACGAGAUCACGAUACCGCAGCCUACAACAUCGCCGGAGGUUGGAGAUAUUUCGCCCCGCACUGUCCCAUUCAGGGAAAUUGUCCCCGGAGGAGGAGGGCGAACUUCUCGAGAAACUUCUUUUAUCACGACGGGGGGAGGGCUUGAGAAGACUGGGCCACCGUCCGUCUCUUUGGUCUGAGGGGGCGGAUGGCCUAGGGCAGGACGGGCCGCAAUGCGUGGUUUGCCAGAGUAUGCCGAGGACCAUUAUUUUAUGGCCCUGUCGUUGUCUCAGUCUGUGUGACGAUUGUCGUGUCUCUCUGGCCAUGAACAAUUUCGACAAGUGUGUGUGUUGUCGGCGGGAGGUCGUCAGUUUUAGUAGGAUUUUCGUCCCAUAGCAGUUCGCGAUAUAUUGGAAAAUUUCAUAAAACGAAUGACGAGACAAUGUUGGAUCGUCAAUCUGCAGUCGGACGAUGGAUUAAGAUAUCAUGACUG